UCCAGAACAUCCAACUCAAUGUUCUUAUGAACGAAAAAAACUAUAUCAUCGUCCUCCUUUUACAGAAUGGCCAAAGAAUCUGAAGGAAGCAGUAAAUUUAUUUGAGAAGCCCGAAGAUGAACAUUUUGAUACUAACAAUUCUGUUCUAGAAACAGUAGUUAUUAUUCAGAAUAAUGGGAAUGAUCCUAUCUAUAUUCCAAAUGAUAAACACAAAUUAUUAUCUUUUGAUACGGCCAAUGAACAAGGUGUCAUACUUUUUCGUGUGUAUAGCCGAAAAGUUGACACAGCUAUAACAUACUCUCCAGAGACUGGUAUAAAAUUAUACCUCCUAAUAUGUGAAGCAAAACGUCUAAACAAACAUCAAGGUGGUGAUUACAAUAAACUAUGCAGAAUGCUUAAUGAUGCUGCAAAUAGCUUUAUUUUAUACUGGGCCAAAAAAUGUAAAAAGGUUACUAAAGAAUUAAAGAAAUUGUUUUGUGAGUUUCGAUGGAUUGGGCUAUUUUCAUCUGGACAUUUUCAAAUGAACUUGAAAGUGAUAGAAAAAAUUCAAAAGAUUGUAGAUCAAAUUAAUGUUGAAGAAUCUGAAAAUUUUGAAACGCCUCUAGAAUAUCUAAAGAAGGUCAUUGGUGAAACACCUUCUACCCCACAUAAAUAA